GGCGCUGUAUGCAAAUUUGAAGAAGCAGCAUCUUUAACGUUAACUGGUAGCCAAAAUCAAAUUAUAUCAGUCGACAUGAUGACAAGUUGAUUUUGUGACUGAUCCAGGUUGCAGAUUUAGAGACGUUGGGACAGGGAGGAGAGGAGAUGGGGGGAUUGUGUAGGCCACUCCAGUCCUCUAUGGUCUGGCUGGCCGUUCUCCUUCUGCUGCUGGGGGAGACGGUGAACACAGCCCAGGAGUUUGACCCCUACAGAGUCCUGGGGCUCACCAAGAGCGCCAGUCAAGCAGAGGUCAAGAAGGUGUACAAGAGGCUGGUCAGAGAAUGGCACCCAGACAAGAACAAUGAUCCUGGGGCUGAAGAUAUGUUCAUCAAGAUCACUAAAUCUUAUGAGAUCCUGGGGAAUGUGGAGCGUCGUACUAACUAUGACCGCUACGGUCAGAUGGAGGAGAACAAGCAGGGUCAGCACCAGCAGGGCUUCAACCGACACUUCCACAGCAGCUUCCAUUUCGACGAGUCCUUCUUCAAUUUCCCUAGGUCAGGCCGGGACUUCUCAGACAGCAAGUACCUGCUCGACCACGCAGGGUUCAACAGCAAGGUGCUGCCCGACAGCUUUAAGCGGCCCUACCUGAUCAAGAUCACCUCCGAGUGGUGCUUCGCCUGCGUUCACAUCGAGCCCGUCUGGAGGGAGACGGUACAGGAGCUAGAGCCACUGGGUGUGGGUAUCGGCAUUGUUGACAUUGGUUACGAGCGUCACCUAGCCAACCAGCUGGGUGUCCAUCGCACGCCAUCCAUCCUGGGUGUGGUCAAUGGUAGAGUGACCGUGUUCCACUACUCCGUGGUCAGAGAACACCUGCGACAGUUUGUAGAAGACCUGCUGCCUCAGAGGCUGGUGGAAAAGGUAACAGAUAAGAACUAUGUGUCCUUCCUGGGCAGCUGGCACGUUGAGAACAAUCCCAGCGUGUUGCUGUUUGACCAAGUGCCUGCAGUGCCCCUGCUCUACAAGCUCACAGCGUUUGCCUUUAAGGACUAUGUGCGGUUUGGUUACGUGGACCAGGGACUGACGGAGACGUCCAGACUACUGCAUCAGUUCAACAUCAACAGCUAUGCUCCCACAAUGCUGCUGUUCAAGGAGAACACUGAGCAACCUGCUGAUAUUAUACAGGCUAAAGGGAUGAAGAGACAGAUCAUGGAGGAGUUUGUGUCCAACAACAAGUACCUGUGUGUCCCUCGGUUGGUCAACCAGCAUCUGUUCGAUGAGCUCUGCCCCAUCAAGCAGUUCCACCGACGCAGGAAGUACUGUGUGCUGCUGAUCACUGGUGAGGAGCCAGGGUUUGUCCCUGGUAACCAGGCCUUCCUGACCUUCGCCUCGUCCAACACUAAAGACGUCCUGCGCUUCACAUAUGUCUACCAGAGACAGCAACAACCACUGUGUCAGGCCUUGCUCCACAACCAGGCCCCACUGUUCGCACAGGUGGUGAUACUGGAGAGGCGGAGCCCGGGAGGUAAGGCUGUGUACCGGUCUGUGAUUGGUGGAUGGAACGGCAGUGAUGAUGAUAAGACCCGCCUCCACGAGCAGCUGGAGCUCCUGCAGAGAGACCCCUCCUACCUGAGCUAUGACGCCACGCUACCUGAACUAAACAAUGAAUUGGCUCCCAUGUUUCUGAUUCAGUGGAUCAAUGCAGCUUACGAUUAUUUCCUUCAAAUCUAUGAUGACCUUCUCUUCUCCAACUGGCGAGAGAUGCUGCCCAUCCUGUCUCUCAUCUUUUCUGCUCUGUUCAUCCUCUUUGGUACUGUCAUCAUCCAGGCCUUCAGUGACUCGGGUGAAGAGAAGCCUCCCCAAAAACCAAAGCCAAAGAACCCACCAAAGACUGACGACUCACCUGGUAGAGCCAAUACUUCCAGUCGUCCUCCUAAGAAGGACUUUGUGGAGGUGACGGAGCUGACAAACAUCACCUACAUCAGUAACUUGGUCAAGCUGAGACCUGGUCACAUCAACGUGGUCCUAGUACUCACUGACGCUUCCAAGAAUGCUCUGCUCAGGAAGUACGCCAAAGAGGUCUUCUCCUUCUCCGGGACCCAGACCCUACACUUCUCCUUCCUGAAUGCAGACAAACACAGCCAGUGGAUGCCAUCUCUCCUGGAGUCUUGUCCUACCGCAGCCCGGGCCCUGACCCACGGAGAGGAGGAGGAGGAGGGGGGAGGAGGAGAGGGGGAUGAAUACUCCUCUCCGUUCUCAGGUCGUCCCAGAGACUUCACAGGCCAUGUUCUGGCCCUCAAUGGACACAAGAAGUACUUCUGUCUCUUCAGACCUGUCUUCACCGGGGACACGGACACUGGCGGAGAGAGCUCGAGCUCAUCGUCUUCAUCGUUUGACGAAGGCUCCAGGAGAAAGUCUCGGUCAAGGUCGCGAUCCCAGUCGAGCUCACGUUCAAGGUCCAGGGAGGAGGGGGGUUCGUCGGGUAGGGGAGGGAGGGGUGGUGGGCGGUCCUCCAGGGCUACCAGUCUGGAGGUGCACCAUAAGCUGGACAGGCUGGGGCUGUGGAUGGAGAGGCUGAUGGAGGGGACUCUGCCCAGGCACAGUGUCCCUGGCUGGCCUGGGCUGGACACCACCUCCCCAAGCUCCAGCCCUGCUCCCCAGAAUUGAGGAACCACACUGGACUGGACCCGACCGGACCCCUAUGAAGUGUAAAUGACAUUUCUGCAGCUUAAACGUAGCCAGUAGUCGUUAUGCAAAGCCAAUGAAUAAUACAGAAGAUUUAAUAUAACCCUAUAAAGGAUACUAACCUGGUCCCAGAUCUGUUUGUGCUUUCUUGCGAAUGCCAACUUCAGGUGUGACAAUGGUCAUAGGAGUUGGCCAGACAGCACAAACUGAUCCGGGAGCAGGCAAGAAACUGAAGCUCCAUUUACCCUAUCACAACAAUCAUUUUUUACUUUAGCUUUAGGGACUGUAGGUGAAGCUUCAAAUGCACUGAUCUUGCCAUUGUCUUUCAUAGGAAGCUGUUAACCCAGAAUUAGGGCUUGAAACAAUUGACGUGUUGCACUGACUACUGUAUGUUUGGAUAUUUUGUUGUAAAUAUACACCAAGGGCCCUAUUCAAUAACCACUGGCUCGUACGAUUUAAAGAAAAGGGGGGGGGGGGGGAGUAUAUUAUGUGCAAUUCAGAGGCGGCUGGUGGGGUGAGCUAUAGGAGGACAGGCUCAUUGUGAUGGUUGGGAUGGAAUGGAGUCAAAAGUUGUUUCCAUGUGUUUGGUACCAUUCCGUUGAUUCCAUUCCAGCAUUACAAUGAGCCCUUCCUCCUAUAGCUCCUCUCACCAGCUGCCUCUGGUUCAAUUAUGGGGGGGGGGGGGGGAGUACGUAGGUUAGGAUCCAUGUACUGAACAAAAUAAUGUGAAGCAAAAAAGAUUUAAUGUACAGUUUUAAACUAGUGUCAUCCAAUUUGUAAGUCGCUCUGGAUAAGAGCGUCUGCUAAAUGACUUAAAUGUAAAUGUAAAUGUUCAUAGGAAUACAUGUUUGAAACAGGAUAAACAAACUCGAUUUUUGUAGCACAAAUUCAGGUAUUACCUCCCUUUCCACGACAUUUUCUCCUGUUUCAUGCUUACUGAACUUUACCACAGUAACACUGGACUAAGGUCAGUUGUGCGUAUUCUUUCCUAGUGGUUAGGACUUGGGGGGGUGCUUGUUUCUAGCUGGUUGAAUAGAGCCCUUGGUGUUCUGUGCUGCUGCUCAGGGCCAGAUCCCCAAGCUGGAGAUCUCAGUAGAACUCUUUUUAUAAAUAUUUCUUUCCCUUUGCAAAUCAGGCGGAAAGGUUGAAUCAUCCUUCUGUUUCUUUUACUUUCGUUUCGAGUCCGUGCCCUUAAAUAUACCGCUCUGGGUUUUAUUGCAUGUCACUGUCAGAAGAAUAUUCUGUGUUGUCACACGAGAUUUGCAAAGCGACCAUCAACUUUAUUCCACAACUCUUUCCUUCCUGUAACUCAGGGUGUGCUUGUGAACCGUUGCUUGUGUGAUGAUGAGCGACCUUGCCUGAGACCUGAAGACUUUGGUUACGGCUUUAGCUUAGCGAGCUAAACCGUGGUUGAAAGCGUAUAUAGUCCAUGGUUCAAACCCAGUCGGUCACACUUGCACCAGGUUUGCGUAAGAUGCCCUUUACUUGCGUUCUUGCGACAGAAUGAUUUCCCGCUUCACUAAAGUUAUAGAUAUAAACUACGUAGAUAUUUCACUUUGCCUGCCUUUUUUAAUUUUAAUGUGUUUCUCGUGUUCAAUAUUGGUGCUGAUGAGAGAUUUGACAAAAAAACGUAAGUUUGAGAUGUUGAACUGUUGGGGAGAAUCGGUAGUACUGUUGUCCAUUUUUAAACGAUUGGAAUGAAAUGAUGUGAAUUUAGAAUUAUUUGAUGUGCUGUUAUUUAUUUGAUGUAGCCUAUAUGCUUCCUAACAUGAAUAAACAUUUUCUAAAUCUA